CUUCUGCCCAGGUUAUUUACAUCAAAGAGAAACGUCAAAUAUUAUUUUGGUGAUAAAAAUAAUUGGAGUUUCAAUUAAUUCAGGAAUCUUAUUAUAAACAUUUAAGAUGUCCUGCCGUAACGCCUCUCACGCUGGUAGCUGGUAUACUGAAAAUGGUUCAGAGCUGUCGAGACAGCUGGACUUGUGGCUAUCCAAGGCCGAUCUGACACACGGCCCAGCCAGGGCCAUCAUAGCACCCCACGCUGGUUACUCGUACUGCGGCGCGUGCGCAGCGUUCGCCUACAGACAAGUCAGUCCUUUAGUAGUUAAGCGUAUCUUCAUCCUGGGCCCAUCUCAUCACGUCCGCCUGCGAGGUUGCGCUUUGUCAUCCCUAGAUAAGUACGCGACCCCGCUAUACGACCUCACCAUUGAUAAACAAAUAUACGCCGAGUUGGAAGCGACCGGACAGUUUGAGUUUAUGGACGUACAGACCGACGAGGACGAGCAUUCCAUAGAAAUGCAUCUCCCAUACAUCGCCAAAGUUAUGGAGGAAUUCAAAACGGCCUUCACUAUCAUACCGAUCCUAGUAGGUUCUCUAUCUCCAGACAGGGAGGCAAAAUAUGGUGCUAUCCUAGCCCCGUACCUAGCUGACCCUCAAAAUCUGGUGGUGGUGUCAUCAGACUUCUGCCACUGGGGCUCAAGGUUCAGAUAUACCUGGAGAGACGGCAACAGGAACAUACACCAGGCCAUAGAAUGGCUGGACCAUCAGGGUAUGUCUAUCAUAGAGAAACUGGACGCUCGUGGCUUCAAUAACUACCUAGACCAGUACGGAAACACCAUCUGCGGUAGACACCCCAUUGGAGUACUUUUACAGGCCUGCGAGAAGCUGAGAUGCCAGUCGGGUGCACCUCAAAUGUCAAUGAAAUUUCUUAAAUACGCUCAAUCAUCACAGUGCAUGACGAUGAGGGACUCAUCCGUGUCUUAUGCGAGCGCAUCACUCGUUAUGGAGUGAUGUUGUGCUCGGUCCGAGGUGUACAACAGACAUAGACGGAGACAAAGUUAAUGUUUCCCAACACCAGGCGUAUAUUUGGUAGAUUCUGUUGCGGUUUUCUUUAAAAAUUGAUCUUGUUAUAAUGUUUUCUGUCCCUUGCAUUUUGUAAGUUAUCAAGUCUCAAAUAUAUAUAAGUUUAAGUAAUGAAAAAAAGGUUUUAUAGCAUUCUGAAUGUUAGUUUAUAGUGUGUAAGUGUAUUCAUUGAAAUAUAUGAGGUUUACGGAGGAACAAAUUUAUUUUUAAGUUUUUUUUUUCUUUUAUACUAAUAAUAAAUAUAUCUAGAAAGUUUAAAUGUAAGAAAUUUCUAUGGUUUCUAUAAAAUUUAUAUGGACUAUUAUAACAAAUUAAUAUAACAUAUGUAAUUUAGCACAUCUUACAAGACUUAAGAUAAUUUUAGGGGAACACAACCAAUUUGUUUGGCAGCUUGAUUGAAAAGUAAUAAAUAACCGAUGGGAUUGUGAAUUACGAGUGAAAAAUUGUUUAAUUAUAAAAUGAAAAGCUUCUUACUUUGGGACCGUUAAGUGAAACUCAAAUUCAAAGAGCUUUGUCCUUGUAGCAUUUACUAUGUAAGUCUAAUAAAGUAAAUUUACGAUA